GUUUCCAUCGUUUCCAUCUUCGUGUGAGGGGGAAAAACGAUGUCCGGUAACGCCCCAAAAUUCUGGCAGCUCACUUGUAUAUGUCUUCAUCUCUUUCACGCAUUGUCCCCUCCGUCCUUGCGUGUAACAAAGUAUUCGAUAAACUGAUCUCGCCGAGUACGAUUUACUCAAAGCCUGACAGAAAAUAUAUUAUGAAUUUAUGUAUAAACCGUGGUUAAAGUAGAUACAAAGUUAAAAGAAUCGUUUGUGCAUUGUGAAAGUGUUUCGUCGGAGUAAUUUAAACGCGACGGUAGUUCGAUGUAGCUAGUAUGAAGCCGCGCCGUUUCCGUAUCGAUUUUCUGUUUAAGCUGCAUUAUAUUACUAUUUAAAUCGUGAAUGCGGUCUACAAAUCUUAAAACCGUAUUUGUUUUUGUGAUUUUCAUUAUAGCUGAACAAUGAAUUGUGUAAAGUGAUUGAUUAUUGUAUUUUUAUUAGUGUUCAAAAUUUUAUUUUACUAGUUCGAUGUAACAAGGCCUAUUGUCCACACCAUUAACGAAUGCAAUAAAGAAGCAAUAAUAGUUCCUAUAUAUUAUAGUGUGAUAGUGUAAUUUCGGUAACCUUAUGCACUGAAAUGAUUUUGUCUCCAUUGUUUUGGGAGUGGUUUAACAUUUGGCUUGUUCAAGUUUUAAAAAACUUGUAUAAUGAAAUUAAAAUGGUGGCACUGAGAGGAUCAGACAGUUCUCUGAAUUCAUUGCAGCAUGGAUGUAUGAAUCAGGGAAAUCAUUCGCAGCAUGGCCCAAUUGAUGUAACGCAAAACUUGCAAUCGUCUUUUAGCAUACCGCAAACGACGGUUACUCCACAUAUCAACAUAAAUCAAAUAAAUUUACCGAAUCUGAAUAACGUUUUGGUGCAAUAUAUACCGCAGCAUACCAAUGGUAACUCUCAUAAGCACGAACAGUCAUCAUCACGAUACUCAAGCUCUAAUUGUCAACUGCCCUCACAUCAUUACAGAGUGGUGACACAAACGCGGCCGGUAGAAUGUUAUCACCCCACAGGCGCCGCUGGUACUCAGUAUAUACCGAAUACAACCGGCGUGGCGCAAACAUCGGCACAACCUACAUUAAGAGUCCAGCCUACGCCUCAGCCAUCGGCACCACCGACACCCCAGCAGGACAUAUCGAAAACAACUAUGGCGGGUCACAACUACCCAUCCCAAAAUCAGAGUUCUGCUAAUUCAAGGGCAUCCCAAUAUGGAAACUUCCCAUACAGACAACAACAGCAACAACCACAAACUACGAGAUCUUCGACACAUCCGAGGCAACAACAACAACAGCAACAACAACAACAACAACAACAGCAGCAGCAGCAGCAGCAGCAGCAACAACAACAGCAACAGCAGCCUCCAUAUAUACCUGGUGCUACAGCGACUACAGGGCCUGUUGUCUAUCCCUUAAUGUUUCAACCCCCUAUUAACAUCCAGAGUUUUCAACAACCAAGAUCGAGUGCUCCAUAUUAUCCAUACGUUGGUUACAUUCCGGGGUACAACACACCACCCGGUCAUACACCACAAUAUUACUACACACCCAACAGUCCCCAACUACCAAGUCAAAAUGCUCAGUCAAAUCCUCCAAGUAGAAACAAUCCUACGACAUUAGUGGGAGCUCAGUGUACUUCAUCAGUGGUUACAGCGCCGACACCAACUCUUCCGUUGCAGCAACCUCCAACACACAUCCAUCCUGCAAUGUCUGGUACACGAGCGAAUACUCAGAAACACAGUCGCAGGCUUGCAAUCAUUCACCCUGUUACACGUCACAAUAUACUAACCGAAAUUUGUUCUAACGAUAAUUAUGUUAAUGACACCAAUGAUAGGCAAACACCGCAACCCGAACCAACGCCUAAUUUUGCUGAGGAAUUUAAUAGAAGAGUUUAUGAAGUCGCUAAACAACCUAGUGAUAGUGUAACGAAAACGAACGUGACAAAGAAUGUCGAAUUGCCAAUAUCUUCCAUGAGUAACGUUCUAUCUCAAUCAAAUGCAAUAAAUUAUACUAAUAGUGGUAAUAAUAAGUCUGAAAUAUAUUCUAUAAAUGAGAGUAAAAUUUUGGGACCUGAUGUUGCUGUUGAAACUAGCGAAACGCCAAUUGUAUCAGCAAUAUCAGACAGUCCUGUUAUAGUGCCUAAAAUGCCUAUGAAUGUUAAGCAACUUCAAAAGAAUAGUGAUCAAUCUAUAGUUUUAGAUACUAAUGAAAAUAUACCUCUUAAGCAACACAAAAGCAAAAACGUGCCUCAAAUUGAAGAUUUUGAUAAAUCGUCUAAUAAUAUUAGUGUAAAUAGCAUGAAUUCAGCUGCGAAUACUAGUUUAUUGCAACCGGUGUCUUCCUUUACAAACAACAUAAUGGGAGUCCACCAUAAUGCGCCUGUUCAAGCAGUUGCUCCUGUAAUGUCAAUACUCACGCCUGUAACCGUCCCAGCGCAUUCUCAGACUAUUGUUACUCCUACAAAUACACAAGGAAUGUGUCCCUCCUAUUUAAAUACUCCACAAAAUCAAAUAAUACGAGAAACUAAAGAACGAUUGAAAUCUGAAGAACAAGAAAGAAUUGAAUACGACACAACUAAUUUAGAAAAAGAAACUUCGUUCACAACCAUUAGAUCUAAUGGCCCUGCAUCUUUAGUGAUUAGUUCAGUUGAUAGUUUAUCAAAUACUACCAACCCUCCAACUAGUCAAAAAAUUAUAAGUGAAGAAUCAACGAAAAACAUAGAAAUUGUUAAUAAAAUUAUCAACCAAGAAACUGAAACUACAGUUGUUGAACCUAAAACUGAGGUGUUAACGAAUAAAACGAAGACUCACAUUGAUAAUACUAAUCCUAAAAUAACUCAAGAGCCUUUAUCAAGUUUUGAAAAUAUUAUUAAAAUACCAGGCUCUGAACUUGAUAACAAAGAAACAUCCAGUGCAUUUGAUGCUCAGACAAAGUUGACCCAAAGUAUAUCAAGUGUUUUACGGGUCCAACAACAAUCUGACUGUAAAAUGAAAGAUAUUAAUCUUAAUAGUAAGGCUACAGAUCCUGACAAAGCUAAUGGAAAUACUACUGAACCUUUAAGCGAAACUACUAAAGAAGACCUGAAUAAAAAUGAUAAAGCCUUAAAAAAUCAAAAGAAUAAUAACAAAAAAUCAAAGAAAAUGGCCAAUAAUAACAAAGAAUCAGAGUCCUAUGAAAAUGGUAAAGAUGAGACUGAUAAAGUAGUUAAUAUAGAAGACACCUUGAAUGAGGAGUCUGAAGCUAAACCAACAACUGAGAAAAUUGAGGCUCCACCAGCACAACCUGUAUUUAUUCCUAAAUACAAGUAUAGUGAAGAUCAAUGGUCUCCUCUGAAUAAAUCUGGAAAGAAAUGUUAUGAUAUUGAUUUUUUGAAACAAAUAAAGGAAGAUCCUCUGUCCAAAAACAAACCAGAGGCUCCGUUGUUGGAAGCUUGCAAUGUCAUACGAACUACACCAAUGUUGGAACCCCUGCCUUUUGCUAAUAUUUCAAGACCAUCAAGUGAUAAUUUCUUCCCCUUUGGUAAGAGUUCUGGCUUGGGUUCAAGAAGCAAUACUCCUCGUGAUAUAAAGAGAGAAGGUAGAAAUAUGACACCAAGUGGACGUGGAAGCAUGAAAUUACCUGCUACAGCUAGUGGUAGCAAUCCCCACAAACCUGUUAUUCAUGUUUGUCUAAAUGAUGAUGUGAAAUUAAAUGAGUCUGAUUCUGCUUGGCGACCUACUAGAUAUGUUAGAGCAGAAAAUGCAGAUGAAGAAGAAGUGAAAACGCAGGAACUAUAUAAGAAAUUCCGAGGGAUUUUGAAUAAGUUAACACCCCAGAAAUUCGACACUUUACUGGAUAAAGUGAAAGCUCUUGAUAUUAACAACCAAAAACGACUCGAAGGAGUUAUUGAUUUGGUAUUUGAAAAAGCAAUUGAAGAGCCUAAUUUUUCCAAAGCUUAUGCUGCCAUGUGCCAUAAGCUGUCCAAACUGAAGGUUCCUGCUGACAACCCAACGAGACCUGAUGAAUGUGUCAAUUUCAGAGCCCUCAUUAUUAAUAAAUGCCAAAAUCAGUUUCAAACCGAUAAGAGUAAUGAACAAGUAAUGAAACUAGAGAAAGAAAUGACAGAAUGCUCUGAUCCUGCUAAGAAAAAGGAAAUACAAGCAAUGAUACAAGAGGAGCAUAGGCGUAUUAGGAUGAGAUCUGUAGGAAAUGUACGAUUUAUUGGUGAAUUGUACAAAUUAAAGAUGUUGACUGUAAAGAUUAUGGAAUAUUGUAUGAAUUAUUUGAUUGAUAUAUUGGAGGAAGAGAAAUUGGAGUGUCUUUGCAAAUUGCUCACAACCAUUGGUGAACAAAUUGAAAAUGAGCCACAGGAUCAUUUAGAUCCCAUUUUCAAGAAAAUGCAAGAUAUUGUCGAUCGUAGAUCUAACAAAAUUAGUAGUCGUGUAAGAUUUAUGAUUCAAGACGUUAUUGAACUUCGAAAAAGGAAAUGGGUCACAAAAAGCGUAAUAGAUACUCAGCCUAAAAUGAUGGACCAGAUCCAGAAAGAAGCCGAGCAACAACAACGUCAUAUUGAGCUGAUGAAUGCUAAUCCCAUGGGAGGCUUUCGACGUGACGAUGGAGGGCGAGGAAAACGUGGCGGCGACAACCGAAGACAAAAUACUAACCCUUACAUGGAUAAUAAUUGGAAAACGACAAGAACUAAUUUUGCUGUGGAUACUUCAAAACUAAAAGCCGUGUCACAGAAGGGUAUGCCAAUCAAGCUGGCUCCACACAACUCUGGAUGGAACCAUGGUUCGGGCACAAAAAAUACCGCCCAGGCGGCUGGUAGUAGUAAUUCAAUGAUAAGCUUGACUAAAAACAUGUACAGCAUUUUAGAGAAUGUGUCGACUGAACCAACUUCCCUCAGAGGUACUCAAGACCUAACACCUACUUAUCAUUCUAAAGGAGCAUCUAUUGAGCGAUCCACAUUUAAUUCAAGACCUGAAUUUAGUGCAACCCCAGGUAAUCGCUCUGAUUCAAUGGGACUUGGUCGCUCUAGUUCAGGUACUCGUAGUACAAGUGCUACAACAACACCUGCACCUGCUCCUACAGAAAAUGUGCAACCUCUGAAUGCUCCAGUACCGCAGGAGCCCAUUAGCGAAGCCAAGAAAGGAUCUGUCAAGUCUAUGAUUGAUCUUUGUCUCAUACACGCAUACUAUGAUGAAAUGAUUGUGGAAUUUAAAGAUGAGUUCAAACCUGAAAAUCAUGCUGCUGUAAUAAGUGAAAUAUUCAAUAUAGCAUUAGACAGGUCAGCAAAAGAGAUAGAAAUGAUUGUGAAUAUUGUACAAUUGUUGGUAUCAACAAAUACUGUCUCACCAGAUAAUUUACUAGAAGGCAUGAAAGAAACAUUUGAUUGUGCACCAGAUUUGUUUAUAGAUAUUCCCAUGCUGUACAAUAAUUUAGGCAAAUUUGUAAUGCCACAUAUUGAAAAGAAGCAUAUCACAUUUGUGCAGUUGUUUAAACUGUGUAACACAAUAGUAUCAUCAAAUCAUGGGCAUUUAUUACUAAAAGCUAUAAUUAAAGAAUUAAAAGAAAGUAUGGGACCUAAAUUUGUCAAGAGUAAAUGGCAAGAGUCCAACUUGAAAUUGGAACAGUGGAUGAAUGAGGAUCAGGUUUCAAAAUGGAUUGAAGAUAACCAUUUCGAAUUCCUUGAAGGUGAUGUCAAGUCUAGUGAGGAAGAAAAUAAGAAAAUUUUAUCACCAUCACAGACACAAGAUAAAUUACUGCAACUUAUGAAUACUGAUGAAAGUUGUGAAUGUAUAAAAGGAUGGGUACAGGAUAAAUUUGGAAAAUCAUCCAACGAAGAAUGGUUUAUGCGGUCUCUCAUACAAGCUAUUUGUGAGCACGCCUUAUUUGGUCCAGAGAGACGAGAUGUGCCACAUUUUAAUCGAGACCGUAUGAAUAAAUAUGCUAGCCUCAUUCAAGACUUUGGAGAGACCAAACAAAUUAGAGAAGCAAUUUGUUUAUUUGGCAUACAACAACUUAUACACAAACUAGAGCACCCCCAAGGUCUAUCAUUAGAAAUUUUCCAAUAUCUUCAUGAUCAAUACAUCAUCUCUUUAGAUGGUUUUAUAGCUUGGUGGGAAUCUGACAAAGAGCCAGAAGGCAAAGGUGUAAUGAUGAAGGCGUUGACAUCGUUCUUCAUGAGUAUCAAGGCAGAAGUGGAAAACGAAGAUUCUUGCAGCGAGGACUGACGAGGGAUCUCGCAGGCGGUUGUUGUACCCACGCCGCCCGCGCCCUCUUCGGGAUCAUCCACAUACGAUGUCUACUAUGUUAUAUUUUACUAAAUCAUCCUAAUAGCAACUGGUUGAUUUAUAUAAUUAUAAUUAUUAUUAAAAUGCUUAAUAUAACAAGCUAGAUAAUAAAGUUGUAUAAUAUUUUUGAAUGCUUUAUAUAGAUAUUUGUCAAUUUUCAUCAUUUGCUUAACAAAUUAGUUCCAUAAUCGUCUUUUGUCGAAAAGCUCUUUUUGGAUAGCGCAUUAAGUUGGUUUGCAUUUUAUUGGAUUAUUUUAUUAAAAUCUUCGUAUGAAUGUAUUAAAAUCGAAAUGUUCCUGAAUUUGAACUGGCUGCAAUAAUUUGUAUAAUUAUGAAAAAUCUGUUUUCUAUAUUAAAUAUCAUGGGAGACAAGCAAUACUAGUUGUUAGAGUAAAAUCGUUACUAUACUACAAUGAUGUCCAAUGCAUCGUUGUCUCAUGGGUGACUAGAUCGUUAUUGAUUACCUGUUAGUAGUGUUUUUCAGUUAUUCUCACAAUUUAAUACAUUUUUACAUAUCUUAUACAUAGACUAAUGCAAUAUAUAUUAUUUCAUUAAAUACCACAAUUAUAAUUCGUAAUUAUUAACCAUCGCGUAUUUUAAUGAAAAUUGUUUGCUAGUUGGAAUAUUUUAAUAGGAAAAUUUGCGUAGAUUCUAUUUAGAAUCUGGUGAACAGAGUAUAUAAAUAAAUAAAAGUUAACAUCUUGAAUGUAAAUCAACUGCGUAGAGCAAUAUUAUGGUACCCAAUAGUUAAGUUAGAUGUAAAAUACAUAUAUAAAGAUGUUAUAUGUAAUAAUAAUAAAUAAUAAUAUUAUAUAUUGCUAUCAUUAUCAUUACUCUGACCAUUAUUAUUUUAUUAUUAUUAUUAUUAUUAUUGGAUGAAAGUUACGAAGGCAUGAAAAAUGUUUUCGUAAUAGUUAACGUAUCGUUUUCUUUUUAGCUAUAAAUAAUACAACCGGCAGCACUUUUGUCAUAAUGUUGCAUAAAAUAUAUUAUUCAAUUGUAAUUUAAAUUUAAGAGUUCGACGAGUAAUGUUCAAGAUGAUUAAAUUACGGUUAAAUUCAUUUACAUAUGCGGUGCGGUACACUCGCAUUCGUAUUUGGGAUAUAAAAUACAUUAAAAUAUGGAAUAUAUAAUAAUAUUAUUGCUGUGACUAAUUGAUAUGGUUAUUAUGGUUUCACUUGACAUUUUUUUGAAUUCCGGUAUUUUCGUUAAUGUUGUAAUUUUUCUUCUAUAUAUCUAUUUAUACCAAAUCAAUUCUCCAAAUAGCACGCAAAUUUGAUUUUUAUAAAUUUUAAUUUUUUGUUUACUUUUAAUUUUUUAGGUUAAUUAUUUCAUAAAGUCCCAAUUAGUUCAAUCAACGUUUCAUAUCCUCGAUAUAUGUUAAUAGGCACAAAAAAAACUAUGGGCACAGAGCACCAUUUCAUAACAAUAAAAACAUGUAGUAAAUUUUAAUAUAGCAAGCCCUGUUUUGUCUCAAUAUAUUACUAUUGUUAUUUUUAUAUAGCUAAUCUUAUCAGUUAUAUAUGUUAUGUAAAUAUAUUAUACUGAAUUAUCCUGUUAAUAAUAAUUAUACUUGCUCGUUAUGUAUGUUUGGCAAAAUUUAUAUAGACCGAUUUGUCAGUUAACAAUAGCAGAGUUAUAAGAUAAGUACAUAGUUAUCGACAGAGCUUUUAUACAUCAUUAUAUAAUAUGUAUUCAUCGAGGAAUUUAGUUGAAACGUUAUUUAUUAUUGAAAUUUUAUAAAAAAAAACUAUAUAAAAUAAAUCUCUAGGUGGGAUUGAACAUAGACGUCGUUUAAUUUUUUUAAAUGUCCCACUUACACUUCAAUUACACCUUAAGGCCUCUGUAACUUGGACUAUAUUAACAUACUGCCAAUGAUAUUUAAUUUUAAUGUGGAAAAUUAAUUGCUGUGCAAUCAGAAUAAGUCUCACAUUUAGAGAGUAUACAGAAUUAUAUUUAAUUGAAAUAAAUCCCUAUUUAUAUUCACAAGUAAAAAUAUCACCCGAAGGUGGAUGUUUCAACAGUAAAAGGUGUACCGAAUUAAUAUUGUCAUACGCAAUUGAAUAAUGGACUGAAAUAUUAUUUAUUGAAACCAAAACGCAAUUUAGAAUGUGUUUGAGAAAUCCUCGAAAACUUGAGCGAAGCCUCUUGUAAAAUUGUAAUUUUAUGUAAUGUUUUUUGAGCUCAAUGAUGAGGGAGAUGAGCGGUGCAGGACCGGACAUGGUGCGAACCUCGAGAGAGAGCUAUGUCGUACAGUAGACGUAUAGGCUAGUAAUGAUGAAUAAUAUUUGUCUGUAUUUAACAUUAGCUUUUUACGAUUUGAACAUUAAAAAUUAACGCCAU